CGCUGAUACUUUGAUAGUAUCUUCAGGGAUUUAAUCGUCCCCGAUAUAUUGUAUUCACGACAAAAUUAUUUAAAUUCAAAGUUUAAUAGAAAUAUCCUACAGGCGACAGUCUAGUCGAUCUAAUUGCAUUAUCUGUCGACACGUGAUAUACGCACUUGGACAACACCUACUUGUUGACGACAGUAUUAUUCAGGGUUUAAAAUAGACGCUCUUUUGUGGCGGAGGUAAAAUUGGUUGUUUUCGUGUUUGUCAACAUUGAAAAGUAGGAGGAGUGACGUCUGCGGUAGGCUAUAACGAUGAAUUCAACCUCGGACACUGACUGUCCGUUAUUUCCGGACAAGCCCGGACAAUGUGAUGUUUUGAUAGCAAUAAGACGUACAACUGGUGCUCUAUCUUUGGUUGGUUGUAUCUUCAUGAUAGCAGUGAUUUGGCUUUUCAAAAAAUAUGCUGCUUUUUCUCAACGACUGAUCCUCUACUUGAGUAUUGGUGCCCUGUUGAACUCGAUAUCCUACCUUAUGGGAGGUUUGAGACCUGAUGGGCCAAUGUGUGACUUCCAGGCGUGGUGGAUGACGUUUUUUGACUGGACUGUACUAUUAUGGGUGUGUUGUAUAACCUUCAACCUUUACCUAAAUGUCAUCAAGAUGAUUACAAAGGAGUCAUUGGAAUGGGUGUACCAUGUGCUGUGUUUGGGGCUUCCGCUUCUUUUGUCAUGUCUGCCAUUUAUUGGGAAUCACUAUGGCCCUGCGGGAGCUUGGUGCUGGAUUGAAGACAAUUGGCACUGGAGAGUAGGAAUAUGGUAUGGUCCACUUUUUCUGGCGAUAUUUUGCUUGUUUGUUGUGUACAUUUACAUCACCUACAUUCUCAACAGGAAGGCAUCGUCAUGGCAAGGAACGUACGAUCCUGACACAGAACGUCAUAAGGAACUCAUGAAAGAGGACAUCAAACCGCUGCGUGCCUACCCUUGUAUAUACCUAGCUGUGUCUAUAUUCCCUCUCAUCAACAGAAUACAGAAUGCAGUAUCACCAGAAUACCCAGUGUUUCCACUCAUGGUGCUUUCAGCUCUGUCCUCUCCUAUACAAGGUGCUGUCAAUGCUAUAGUUUUUGGACUGGACAGGGAAACAUUUAGUCGUCUUACCCCAUCACAGAUCAAGGCGGCCUUCUUGAAAAGAAUCAGCCGUGGUCCUGGGAUCCAGGAGUAUCAACACCAGGAGGAUGGUGGAACGCCUUACUAAUAAGAAAUGGACUAAAACCCGAAGCUAUCUCACCAGAAGUACUGGACAAAGGAAAAUGAAGGAUGGCUGUAACUUGAGGGAAAACUAGUCCGUAGUAUCCUGUAUAGCGGCCAAAAGAAGUAUUGAUGCUUUGUACUAGAUGUGACGCUUUGUGGAUCAAAUACACUCAUUAGGCCCAUAUAUUUUUGGGGAUAGAACUUGGGAAUACAAUUUAUUUCCAUGUAUAGUAUCAUCGGUAAUAUUAUCACACAGAUUAUCUACAACGUUCGCAGUUACAUAGGUAUAUAUAUAUUGAUGGCAACGUUGAAUCUCAAACACAUUUACUAGCAGGUAAAACAGUGCGAAAACAGACGAACUGAUCAGUGAAUGAACAACUAAAACCUGUUUAAACCAUGUGAAGAAAAAGAAAAAGAUUGAACAUGCCUUAUUUUAAAGUAGAGAAAAAGUGUGAAAUUUUGUUUUCCAGACAUUAUCGUUUGAAAUUCUCAAGAAAUAUAUUUCGCUGUAAUUGUGCAAGGUCAGAUUUUCAACCUAAUUAUAUAAUGCAUUAUAGAGAGUGUAAACAGCAAAGCACAACACAUAAAAUGAGCCUUAACGUCACUGUGUUGUCAGCCAACACAACUGUAUGACUAAUAAUUACGUUCCUAGUAGACCAAAAAAUAGCAAGAUUUUCCUUAUAUUGGUCAGUAUGACCAGUAAUUGUGAGAAAUAAGUUAACGCUUCUAAAACGUAGUUUUUUUUUUAUAUCGGACAAGAUUUGAAGACCCAUUUCUUUGAUGUUUUUUAUGUUUUAACUUUUUCAACCGAUAAGUUCCGCUAUUUAAUGAAUUGCAAUAAAGUACAUGGCAAAACCACAAAAAUUAUAAAUAAAAUGUUUAGUUUCAACAUUAAAAGUUAUUUUCGAUAAAAGGUUCAGUCCACAUUUAAAUACACUUAUACUAAACCUCCCGCGCGUGAACAACAAUUAUCGGGAGGUUAUUACAUUCAUUGUAUUAUCCUUCUUAUCAUAUUGGAUGAAAAACGUUUUAAAACAUUCAUCCAUUGCAUUUUUGUAUAUUAUUACAUACAAUAGUUUGCUUUAUAAUAAUCAUGCUUUUUUGUCUUUAUGCUUUUUUGUCUUUCAACUGUCAAAUCUACAACGACUGACAUAUUGAUAUGUUCUGUUUCGAAAGUAGACAUCUCAAAGGGCUAUUUCAUGAACCUGUCUGUGGUUACGACAUGUUGAUUAUUUUGCACGUAAGAAAUAUUACUUCAAAAAACCUAUUGAUGCAUGCGGUGUUUAUGUAAACACAUUCCCCAUAAUUUACUGCGUGCAUUAGCAACGAUGUUGAUGUGUUACAUGUGAUGUUAAUUGUCUCUCAGUUAAAGGUCUUGACAAUUUAAAACGACAGGUAAGUUAUAAUAUGUUUUGUGUCUUGUCACUGUUAGAAUAAACUUAUGAUCAUAAAAAGAUGUACAGGUAUCACAUUUGUUUCACUGUUAUUGAUGAAUUAUCUCGUAUAACGUUUAAGAUUGUGUAAUGUCAAAUACCGCCAGUUUAAUUCACGAACGAGAACUGCUCCAGUGUGUUGGUCUUUAUGCAUUUAAAUAGGUAUGUGUAAUAUGAGAGAAUACAAGGCUUUACGGCAGAUGCUAUAUAUGAAGUUUCAAGUUUUCCAUCUAGUACACUUGGUAAAAUUGUCUUUGUUUAUUGAUUUUAAAGUAGUAGAUACCAUCGAGCUGGACGAUUGACACAAACUUAUUUUAAUUAGCUUAUCUGAUAAAACGUUUGAUGUCAGCCUAAUUGAAACUGAUUUCAACUAAUACAAGUUGAACACUGAAAGCUUAUAAACCCCUUCUUUUACUUUAAGAUGAGCAAUUGUUUUUUUCCCCAGUGUUAAUUAAAUAAACGUUUUUGUCAUAUCUUUCAACUCGGGGACUUUAUAGCAGAAAAAUAAUACGUAUGUGUCUCAAAACGGUAUGAAGUACCCAAAUAUCGUCUGCAUUUUGUGCAAUACCCUUUUUAGUAGAACAUAAUAAUUCCACAAAACCUUGUUGAAAUGUGUUUUUUUUUAAUGUGGUUUUUCAUAUGGAAUCUUGGUACAAAACUUCCUAAAUCAGGAAUAUUCCUUCAGUCGUUAUGCAAUCCUUUGCAAAAUAAUACAUCCUUCAAAAGAUUAUCCUCGAAAAGUUAUGAUAGUAUAUGUGCCGUUGUCUGUUGAUUAAUAUUAAAGUUUAUUGGUGCUUUUAUACAAUAUUUUGUGUCUCACAAUUCUAUUUUGUAUUCAAAAGUUGAAUUAGUCUUUCGCGGUUUUCUUGUUGAUUUUUGUUUGGGGGAUUUACUUUUUCCUAUAUUUUGCUGAUACUUUAUAUAAUUUUUCUUUUGAAUGUUACUUCAUUCAUUUUUUGUACAUAUUGAAUUGCUUGAAGUGUUUCUUCUCAAUUUAAUGUAUGGUAUUUUCAUUACAUAAUUUAUUCAUGUCAGAGUGGUAUAUGAAAAUUUAAAAAAGGACCAUCUUGGUCCUAUGCGUUGGUCCGUUACCUUUGCAGUAUGAUAAAAUCCUAUAGAUAUUGUAUCUUUUGAACUUUUUAUCAUUCGAAUCAAUAAUAUGUAAAAAGUUUGUGUCGUGAAAUAUAGACUUAAUGAACAGGAGAACAAAUUAAUAUUCUAUACAUUUUGAUUUCCUCCUGAGGUACUAGUUAAGAGGGCUGGUUGCAAUAUUUUUCGCGUUUAAUUGAUGCAGUUGGCAGAAAUUGUUCCGAAUCUUACCUCUUUUCGGUGUUGAGUUAUCUAUUUUUCAAAGUCAUAGUACAAGAUUUUGCAUUCUCAUUAUGUUUCUCUUAGAGAAAUUCUGAUUGUGAGAUAUUGGCGAAGUCGAUGGAUAAAGGGUCUUUGGAACAUGUUAGAGUAUUCAAAGUAAAAUAUUUAAUGAUUCAUGGGCAUUUCAUUCCCGGGCUUUUACGUUGGGAAACUAAUAUCCUAAAUUAUAUCAUAUUAGUUAUGCAUUCCCCCGAUGUAGAAGGAAGCGUUAUCCUAAUGGAAAAGUAUCCACAAAAAAGUAUAAACAAUUACACUUGUUGGGGCUGAACUGUCAUGAAUGGCACAAUGAUAAAUACAAUGUAAAUAUCUUGUUUGCAUAAAGUAAUGUGAUAAUUUUGAUGAUUAUCCAUAUGUAAAACAUCCAUUUUGAAACCGUGUUGCAUACCUAAACACGUGAUUCCUGUUAUAUUUUACAAUAUGCGUAAAAGUCUGAACAAUAAUGUUUACUUCAUAGUGAUAUACGUGUAAGCAACGAUAGUUUGUGAUGAUAUUGUUAUUAUUCAUGAAUGGAAGAUAACUUAUUUGCAUUAUAUGUUUAUGAAUAUGUUUUGAUCUAUUUUUGUUCGUAUCGCUUAGGUCGCCGCCACUAACUUCACAAGCUACAACAGUUGUAAUUUAGAAAGAACAGUAGACCAACAGUUGUUUGUUUGUGUAGAACAAAUAGAGAUUAUGAGAGGCAAAACUGCCUUAGAGAUAGCCUCUUGUUAAACUACCGGUUUUCAGUCUUCUAAGUGCUUCAUUAUUUAAAAAAGUAAAUAAAAAAGUACGUAAAGUUCACUCCUCUGAUUAUUUGGAGAUAUUGUGCACAAUAGGGACAAUUCAUUAUUCACCAUGCAGAUGUAUAUAUUGUUAGACUGUUUUAUCUACUUACUUGUUCAUCAUACAAUUAUGCUUAAAUUUCACGGUGGUUUUAUGUUCGCUUUGUUCACGGUCUUAACAUGAAAUAAAGGUAAGGACUACUUGCUAUGAACGGUUGCGGAGAAAGAUACUCUGUUCAACGAAGUUUAAGCGCUAUGUCGUUCAUUUACUUGUUUUGUUCCACCAACGUGAUCUAGUGACAAAAAUGUUGAACAAAUGUAUAUCAAAUUAUUCAAAUAUAUAAUUUAAAAAACUACGAUGCAUCUUCAAUAUAUAAACCAGCAAUUUCGUUUCAUUUCAAGAGAUUGGAAAAGCAGCAAGAGAGUACUGAAUGUUAGCAAAACUAUAAUUCGAUUUCAAAAUCAAUAAAAUUAGGCCAAAUAUGAACAAAAAAAAAAAGAUUAACUUGAAGACACUUAGCAAAGUACAAGGAAAUAAGACCAGACGAUCCGGAAGGGAAUGUGUCCUAUGCUUAAUCGACGACACUCGCAAUGUAAAUCUAAGUCAAAUCCAAGGAAUACCACGUCCUAACACCGCGAACUCUGUUAGUGUACAAAUGAACAUAAUCAAAUACAUUGACCUUCAUAUCAUAGAAAUAGCAUAUCUGACAUAUUUAAGUGGUUAAUAUCUUUACAUCGUUUGCUCCUAUAAAUUGCUGACUUUUUUUAACAAAUUAUUUGAAUUCAGUUGUGUAAUACGUCAUAAAUAUAAUGAUUGAUAUGACACAAACGUUAUCAUAUAUUUUGUAGAUAUCGUUACUUGUGGAAUAAUGAGUGGUAAUGUAAUAAGGCAGAUUAUUUACGAAUUAUUGAAGCUUCUACUGCUGUCACAGGAAUGGCAAAGUAUGAGUAUAUUAACCGUUAAUUUGAAUAUUAUACACAUAUUUAACAUUAACCUCGCAGCAAACAAAAAAAAUUGGUAUUAUUAAUGACAUCAAUGGAGAGGUCAGCCAAGGAGAAGCGUAUAACUUUCGCCGCAUCAAAGUAAUUUUUCAAGGAGAUUGUUUUUGUCAACGAAAAAACACUAUCCAAUGUUUUCAUUUCAUCGACUUUCUACCUAUUGGGCAUAGGUUUCGGAUAUAAGAUUUGGAAUUUUUACCAAAAAUAUCCCUCCGUCAUACAGUUUCAUUCUUAAAUAUUAAGCAUCAGCCAUAAUGUAACAAGAAGAUAUGUGUGCGUAUAAACUCACAACAGUGCGCACUGUAUUCGGUUACGAAGUCAAUGUGAUGGGGAUUGUUGCUAUAUGUAUGUUAAAAAACUAUUAAUUGUAGAUUUUGAUAUUUUUGGUAUUGUACUUAUUGAAUCGUCAUCUGUUAAUAUAUUUUUGCCAUUGUACUUAUUGAAACGUCAUCUGUUAACCUAUGUGUGGAACUUUAAUAUAACAUUGCAGUUAACCAUAUAAAACUUUUUGAUGGGUUUUCGUGUACAGUAUUGGGAUUAUUUUGUAAUUUUGUAAAACACAUUAUGAUAAUAAUAAAUCUUACUGAAGGCUGAAUAUGA